AUGCUGCGCAUUGCCGUUGUCUUGCGACCAUCAUUCACGCGCCGUUUCGGUGGCUGCAUGCUGAUUUGCAGAAGACAACUGCAAUCCUCGGCCGGUCAACUCACUGCGAAACUACGUCAUUGUCACAAGGCAUCCGAUGUCAUCGGCCUUGUAAAUACAGCGCUCGAAUCGCAGAGGAUGGAUGGCGUACUGUGGGCAGCCGCAGUUCAGCGUUUGAGCCUCCUUGAGAUGCGGGGGAAGCCCAGCCGCGAAAGCUGGGCACUGCUCCUUGGCAUGGCUGACUCAAGCCUCCAAGAUCUCGGAUAUAGGGAGCUGGCAGUCGUUGCUGUCGCCAUCUCGAAGUUAAAGAAAGAUCCAGGUGGGAGGAAGGAUUUCCUGAAAGCAGUUUUUCGAAAUGCUCUGCUCUUGAACGAAAAAGACCAGAGCAUGUCUGUUCGUCACCUUGCAAACCUGGCUUGGUCUGCUGCAGCUGCAAAGGUGCAGGCUCGCAGGCUCUUCGAAGUCGCAGCCGCUGCGCAGUCGGAGGAGCAGAGUCGGUGGUUGAACCCUCGGGACAUCUCACAGCUAUUAUGGGCAUUUGCGCGCUCUUCGCACUCUCAGCUUGGUUUGGAAGUCUUGGAAAACCUGGCCAGUCACCACGCUUCUCCGCACAUGCUCCCUACGUUUGGCGACCAUGACAUAGCCGCGACGGUAUGGGCCGGAGCAACUUUGGCAACUCACUUGAUGCCCAGGGAAAAGGGAAGGCUCUUUCUGAAGCAGAUUGCAGCUCAUGCAGCCGAGCGGUCAUCGGAAUUUUCUCCGCAGGGUUUCUCCAUGCUGUUCUGGGGAACAGCAACUUUGGCCUCGAAGGGAAUUGACAUGCCGAGCACUGCACUCACAGCAGCGUGUGCUCCGCAUGUGGUUAGUAAUGCCAGAAGGCUGACAACGCAGGGUGCGGCAAACAUCCUCUGGUCGUUGUCCACUCUGGCAAAGAUAGAUCAAGAUGUCGCAGCGAAGAUCGUCGAAGAGAUUCGUGAUGUUGGGUCGUUGUCACCAUCUUCAACGAAUGAAGGCCAAGGGCGGCAAGAGAACCAUGCCGUCAUUGAAGCCCUGCUGGAGGAGAUUGUCAGAAAGCUUUCGAGUUGCAACGGGCAGGAUAUCGCCAAUUCGCUUUGGGCUGUCGCAAACAUUGGAUACCUGGGACCGUCCGCGGUCUCCCUCUUUAACCGGAUCGCAGAAGAUCCCGAUGCAAUUCCUGUGCACCUCUUUUCUGCGCAGGAGUGUGCGAACUCCUUGUGGGCGAUUGCGAGAAGUCGCUGGAGUGGGGAGCCGCAGGAGUUUGUCCGCAGAGUUUGUGCUAGAAUAGCAUCUUUCGCUCGACUGGACGAGCAAAGUUUGUCUAUCACGGUAUGGGCGCUGGCAGUGUUGGGUCACAGGCCCGCCGCUUUGCCCCUGCUUGGCAAUUCCGGGUUGAACUUGAAGAACCUGAAUUCUUUUCCAAACGCGAGCCUUUGUCUGCUCCUUUGGACCUGUGGUAUGCUUGGCAUACGGGAAAGCCCGUUCCCAGCAUUGGUUGUUGCAUUGCGUUGCCGAGCAAGGGAACUGACGCCAAGUCAAUUGUCAGUGGUUGCGAGAACGCUUGCAGGACUAUGGCCAAGGUUUGCAGCUCUCAAAAUCAAAAUUGAAUGUUGGUUGACAAGACUAUAUUCAUUAUAA